CAUGCAGUUAUUGUUUACUCACCUAAAUGGAUCUCUCUCUAUCUGUUUUCACACACUACAAACAGGGAUUCAAAAUUCUCUCUCUCUCUCUCUCUACACACACACAUAACAGACUCCUUUUCAUUUAUAAAGGAAAAAGAUAAGAACAAAAAAAGCCACCAAAUCUGCCAAAUCUUGGGUCCAAAUCUGCAGCAUUCUUCAGUUGCUCACAUUAUUCAUAAUUCAGUCACACUGGAUAAUGUGCGACUCUCUGUGCCUGUCUACAUAUAGCAAUUGCCGUCAAUGGAGCGACGUGCUUUUUUGUUAAAGAUAUCCCAGAAUUCACGUGCCCUUUCUUAAACAAAAAUUCAUUAUUCUGUAUGCACUUUUGACUUUGCUCCUAUAUAUAUAUGUGUGUAUUUGCAUUAGUUUCAUUGUACUAAAAGAGUAAAAGGCGGUCUCAGUGGAAUUUAAUUAUUUUUUGCUGAGAUGGGAUUUGUAUGGAUCUUGGCGGCGGUUGUGGUGGUGGGAGUGAUGGUGGGUGGUAGUUACGGGUUCCCGGAGGAGGACUUGGUGGUGAAAUUGCCCGGCCAACCGGAGGUGAAGUUCAGGCAGUAUGCAGGAUACGUAGAUGUGGAUUUGAAGGCUGGGAGAAGCUUGUUUUACUAUUUUGUAGAAGCAGAGAACGAUCCUGAUCAUAAGCCCCUUACUCUAUGGCUCAAUGGAGGCCCGGGUUGCUCAUCAAUAGGCGGGGGUGCCUUCACAGAGUUGGGUCCCUUCUUUCCUAGAGGCGAUGGUCGAUCCCUGAGAAGAAAUUCUAAAUCAUGGAAUAAAGCAUCAAAUCUCCUUUUUGUUGAGUCUCCAGCUGGUGUAGGAUGGUCCUAUUCAAAUACAAGCUCAGACUAUACUUGCGGUGACAUGUCCACGGCAAUGGAUAUGCAUAUGUUCAUGAUGGAGUGGUACAAGAAGUUUCCAACAUUCAAAACCCGAGCUUUGUUUCUGACUGGAGAAAGUUAUGCAGGGCAUUAUAUUCCACAAUUAGCUGUUGCUCUUCUCGACCACAACGAACAUUCUAAAGAGUUCAAGUUCAAUAUUAAAGGGGUUGCAAUUGGCAAUCCUCUUCUCAGAAUUGAUCGCGAUACCCCUGCACCAUAUGAAUUCUUUUGGUCACACGGAAUGAUCUCUGAUGAAAUCGGCCUUGCCAUUAUGAACGAGUGUGAUUUCGAAGAUUAUACAUUUGCCAGUCCACAUAAUGUGUCACGUGCAUGUAACGACGCCAUAUCAGAGGCAAAUGAGAUUGUUGGGGAAUAUAUAAAUAAUUACGACGUGAUUCUUGAUGUGUGCUAUCCGUCUAUAGUAGAGCAAGAAUUGAGACUACGAAAGAUGGCUACUAAGAUUAGUGUCGGAGUAGAUGUGUGCAUGAGCUACGAAAGACGGUUCUACUUCAACCUUCCUGAGGUUCAGAAGGCUCUUCAUGCGAACCGGACCCAUUUGCCGUAUAGCUGGUCUAUGUGCAGCGGUGUUCUAGAUUAUAACCAAACAGACGGCAACAUCGACAUUCUUCCUCUGCUUAAAAGGAUCAUUCAAAACCAGAUCCCAGUUUGGAUUUUCAGUGGAGAUCAAGAUUCAGUUGUGCCAUUAAUUGGUUCACGAACACUUGUACGCGAACUUGCUCAUGAUAUGCACUUCAAGAUUACAGUCCCAUAUGGAGCUUGGUUUCACAGAGGACAGGUCGGAGGUUGGCAAACUGAGUAUGGAAACUUGUUAACCUUUGCAACUGUUAGAGGUGCGGCUCAUAUGGUACCCUAUGCACAGCCUUCAAGAGCUCUGCAUCUGUUCAGUAAUUUCGUCGGUGGCCGGAGACUUCCAAACACAACUCGUCCUUCCAUUGACGAGUGACUAAGCGCGCUACAUUGAGAGAUUUGUAUUCAGAAACUAUUUUUAAAGUCGAGUCGAAGUUUGUUGAGUUUCAUUGAGCCGAAGGCAACACAUCCAUUCUGCAUUGUGAUGUGAAUGAAAAAGCAAAGCCAAGGGAAAAUCUCAAAAGACUAUCGAUUUGAUUGUUGAGGAAUGAAAAUCAACUUGGCAUGUCGUGUUCCAUUGACAGAACAAUUUAUUGUGUAUUUUUACAUUCGGAGGAUUUUAUUUAAGAACAAUAAUAGCGCAAAAAAAUAUUUUAUAA